AUGCCGGCCGCCGCCCAGGGCCAAACAUGGUCCGAGAUUCUGUGCUGUCCGAGCUGUGGAGAGAUGUUCGGCAUUCCACGAGAGCCGGUCACUUCGAUUUGUGGCCACAUUAUCUGCCGGCCAUGUACGCACGUGUACCCCGGAGCGUACUGUCCUAUCGAUCAGGCCGAAAAUCGCUACUCCCUCCAAGAAUUGCCGACCAAUUCGGCAAUCCUUUCGAUUGUCGGGGUCCAGAAAGACGUUUCCCAUGAAAUUGCACGUCUUCUAGCCCAUUAUGGCCGUCAUCCAGAGGAGAUAAAUUCAAUUGUGGAAUGUCAUUUGAAUCUACAUGUAUUGGCUGGGUACCUGAGAAAGGCGAAUUCAGAAAGGGGAGGCAGUGUUUGGAGCGAGGUGCUUAGUCGGACCCUACAGCGAAAAUUGGUCUCUCUGCUAUGUAUGCAGGUGGUUGACGAUGAGACGAAGCCAAAAAUCCUACGUACUCUGCGUAGCGUGGCGGAACGGGUACUGAGCGAACUGUUGUCCCAUCAACAAUCUUCUCACAGUCUUUCCACCCAAUUAUGGACGGCCGUCCGUGCGAGGGGAUGCCAAUUUUUGGGGCCAGCAAUGCAAGAAGACGUGUUGAAGCUCAUUUUACUAACGUUGAGCAAAGGUGCUUCGAUCGCUAGGAAAACGCUAGUGAUGUAUAUUGUGCAGACGUUGCUGGAGGAUUAUCCACAGAAGUUCAAUAUACCCCAGCCAAUUGCGAAAAAAAAUUGGGUAACUGACAUC